UCUCUAGGCAAAGCUUUGGUGAGCAUUGAAACCAAAACGAUAAACGACAAACUUUACGAAACAAUUCGAGACAAAGUUUCUGAUAAACACAUUUCUUUCUGGACUUCUGGCGAGAAGAUCGGUGACAUAUGGUAUUGGACAGCCAUUGGAAAACCGUUCUCUUUCACUAGUUGGUCUCCUGGUGAACCUAAUGAUGCAGAUGGAAGAGAGCAUUGCGUAGAAGCAUCAUAUCAACCAGAUAAAUACCAAUUACUCUGGAAUGACCUCAAAUGUGACGCUGAGAGAUACGUUGUCUGUGCAGAUCUAUGAAGUUGAAUACUGUCAGUACGAACAGAAUACUACUUUGGUUGGAAGUUAUUUUCUGCUCAUAUGCUUUCACAUAUUUGUCUAUAAUAAAUGAGCUAUAUCAUA